AUGUUAUUUGAUAGAGAAACAACUAACCGAACUGAUUUUCGUAAUAUUGAGAGAAGAAAAACAGCUAUUGUUUAUAAAGAAAAGCCAAACCACGUAAAGCUUAAAGAUAGGACUUCACCACUGAAAAAUGUGCACACGUUGACGGAUUGGAAGGGAAGUGCAGUGCCUUUUAGUCUUACACACUUCCGAAAGGACAUUAUACGAACAUGUCCAAGUAUAACAUUAGAGGAACCUGAUAAUAGGUUUAAUAAGGAGGAGGAACAGGUUCGACGGACACGUCCUCGCGUAGUAAUAACUCCAGCCGUCAGUAUCGACGACAUCGCAGACCAGCAUGUGCGGCAGACUUUGUUGGAUGACGUAUAUAUCAGCACUACUCGUCGAGCGUACAAAGAAUCAAAGACAAGCUGCCAGAAUGUAAAAGCGUCAUUACCUUCACGAUACGCGCCUAGUAACCCCUUAGCACUUGCUAAACGGGCACCUCCGUUUGUCUCUCCGCAAUGGCGCUGGGAGUCCGCAAAAUGGGACAGGAAGCAGUUGAGAGCCCACUGCGAGCCCACGAAAGAGUUUUGGCUGCGUCGUAAAUAA